AUGGCUAACUUAUCUCUUUUGAUCACAUGCUUGGCUUUGUUUUCUCUCGUAUCCAACUUUUGCUUCGGCCUUAAUCCUAAUGAUUGGGGCCAGGGUUGGAGACCGGGCUCUGGCUCACCCCCGAGUAUGGGAUGGGGUCUCGGGUCUCCCUCUGGUUUUGGUUCUGGCAUGCCCCCUAGUGGGUCGGGUUCACCCCCGGGUUAUGGUUCGGGUUCACCCCCGGGUUAUGGUUCGGGUUCACCUCCUAGUGGGUCGGGUUCACCCCCGGGUUAUGGCUCGGGUUCACCCCCUAGUGGGGUGGAGUGCAAUUAUAAUUCGGGGGAAAAUGUGGCAUCUGGAGUCGACGUGAGCUCAAACUCUAACUAA